AUGGCGCCAACAGCGUUUGGGGAAUGGGCUACAAUCAACUGUCGCACUUCUGACGCAACAGAUUUUGUGGAGGAGAGUCCGUUCAAUCUGCAAGGCACGUCUCAGCUGAACAGUCCAGCGCCGUCCUGGGCGCUUGAGGAGAAGGUAGCUCCACUGGCCAACGCGGCCGAACGGCAGUUGCAUAUUUUCCGUCUUGAUCGGGAGGGUCGCCCGCGAAUGACAUACAGAAAGGCUGGUGGGAAUGGCGGGCUGCUUUCCACCAGUCGUCGCUCAGGCAAACCGCCCCAUGUCCCCUCCCCGUCAAAAUUUGAAUUAGCUGCAGUGGCAGCCAUAUGCAAUCCAGCACCAGCAUCGCGAGCCCCACGGAUUCGUGCUAAAGCUCCAAAGCCUUUCCGCUAUCCAUCGCCUCAUUCUUUUGUCCCUGGCAGGCAGGUUCCACGCGGAACCUCUUCACGGGAAGGCGAAAGAGAACCGGCGAGCUCGUGUAUCGUUCCUCUUGCUCCUACUCGGAGGCCUGACAGAUGGGCUAAGAAGGAGCCACCUGAAGCAGUAGUUUCGUCGUUCUUGGGGUUGUCAUGUCGAGCCCAAGCUGGACCUUCAGAAGCGCACUGGGAAAGGGGAAUGGGGCGAAGGGAAGGGGGCAGGCUAGGCAUGGGGCCCGUUCACCAGUCACCUGAGGGCUCAGGGGGCUCACUGCUGCUUGGUUCUAGCUCCAAUACUAGCUUGCCCCCUGCUCUGCGCUGGACGGAACAGAAACCUGACGGGAUCGCAUCUGCGGAGUCUAUCAGGAGUCCGGAUGGGUCUGUAUCCCACCACCUCGUAGCGGCACCUGCACACACCGCGGGGCCUGCGGCCUGCUCGUUCGGUCAAGCACUGCCUGAAGUUUCACUUGUGACCGAAAACGCCAUUCGGUCACCUUUUGGGUGGAAAGAGCCCACUUCGAUAGUGCGGCAGGCUGCCUUUGCAGAGGGGCCCAACUUUCGAAGUUUCCUGCCUCCCAUGCAGCCGUGGCAAACAGUUCUUCAAAGAAACACAGAAGAGUCUGAGGAACUUUGUGAUGAUCAACGUGCAGAGGUGGUGACUGUCUACGGGACUGAUCGAUUCUGGGAUUUGAUGAGGAAUGUUGCUGAACUGCAGAGAGGGCCAACCUGCUUGAUGAGCAGCAGCGUUACUUUCGACUCUGUCUUAUUGCCUGGGGGUGAGCUGCAGUACUCAAUGAUCGAACAGGGGAGUUUUGGAAAGGUAUUUGUCGGGUCUCAUAUGGGAAUCAAGGUAGCCAUCAAGGUACCGGUGGAGUGCAUGCUCAGCACCGACCCCGCUGGGGUGAUGGAGCGUACACUGAAUGAAUGGAAAAUCCUCUCCAUGUGUCAGCAUCCGAAUGUGGUUCGUCUUGUGGGGGGAAUUGUGCACGGGCCAUUUGAUGUGUGGCUAGUUACCCAACUGGUCAACGGUAGUGAUCUCCACUCGCGGAAGUAUUCUCGUGAUCCGCGUGUGCGGCGUUUCAUUUCGCCAGAAAACGGGCUGUACAUGUGCCGACAACUCGCUGCAGUUGUGGCGUACCUUCACACUCCUGUUCCUGGGAGAAAGCCUGUAGUUGUCCACAGAGAUAUCAAGCCUGAAAACGUCCUGAUAGCGGAUGACUGGACCAUACAGCUCUGCGACUUUGGGGAUGCGGAAGCAUCCGCUGACGGACGUGUAUCUCGUAUAUCUGGGGCCACAUGGUUUUACGCCCCUGCAGAGUUGCUGCGUUGCAGCCCUGUGGAAUGCAUGGCGUCGAAUUCAGGGGUACAGCUACCUCCUUUCAAUGAGAAAUGGGACAUCUGGUCAAUGGGAUGCGUCUUUCAGGAGAUGUUCGGCUUCUUCAACCCUAUGCACGUGCAUAUAUCCAGUCGCGACAGCCCCAGUGUCAUUUACGAGAAGCUUAAGUCAAAGGCAAUAGCUGGAGCUCUCGUCCCCGAUAUCGCAGAAGAGAUCCAAGGAAUCGCACGGAAUAUCAUCUCAAGAUGCCUACAUCCCGAUCCAUCAGCCAGACCGUCUGCUGUGGAGGUGUUGAACAUGUGGACCGCACGAGACGAAGACAUUCUAAAGGACAUUCACACACAACCAGACCUACUCCAGGCGAAGGUCGUGGGCAGUUCCAGUCUCAACUCUUCGAACCGACAACACUUUCCUGGGAUCGUCUCGGAACCGCAGCAGUUGCUGUCCAAGGCAGGUUUGCUGCCGACAGUACCUAACCUCCAUUUCACAUCUGCAGGCACGAGCAGUGGACUAUGCGGACAACUAAGUUCUCCUGUUAAUCCAUAUGCCUUGGCAGGUUCGUCUGGAACCUUCUUGCUUGGGAAUCGAGAACGUGAUAACUGGGUAACGGAAAACGCUUCAUCAUCAACUCAGUUUCCAGUUAUUUGCGGGAGGCCAUUCGUUGCAAAGGAAGGAACGAGAUGCGUGCAGUCGCAGAAGCUUCCGGUCGCCGUUGGAUGGCAAUGA